UCACCCCCAACAGUUAAGGAGGCGAAGCCUCAUACCCCUAAGGCUGGGAGGUCUGCUGCCACCACUGAUAAUAAGAAACGUAGGGUAGUGGUGGUUGGAGACUCUCUGCUGAGGGGGACGGAGACACCCAUCUGUCGCCCUGACCGUUCAUCCCGGGAGGUAUGCUGCCUGCCAGGGGCCCGUAUCCGAGAUGUUACAGAGGCUUUGUCGAGGAUUAUCCGGCCUUCUGACUACUAUCCCAUGCUACUCAUCCAUGUGGGCACAAAUGAUACUGCGAGGUGUGACGCUGAGCAGAUCAAGAGUGACUACAGGGCUCUGGGAGUACAGGUUAAGGAGUUUGGAGCGCAGGUGGUAUUCUCUUCGAUUCUUCCUGUUGAAGGUAGGGGUCUGGGCAGAGACAGAUGCAUCGUGGAGGUGAAUGCCUGGCUGCGAAGAUGGUGUCGCCAGGAGGGCUUUGGCUUCCUCGACCACGGGAUGCUAUUUGAGGAAGGACUGCUAGGAACAGAUGGCAUUCACCUUUCGAAGAGGGGAAAGGCCUUAUUUGCGCACAGACUGGCUAACCUAGUAAGGAGGGCUUUAAACUAGGUUCGACGGGGACAGGUGAGCAAACCCCACAGGUAAGUGGGGAACAAGACCUGGGAGAUGGGUUGGAAACAGGAGGGAGCACGGGCUAUAAUGGCAGAGAGGAAGGAGGGUCAGGGCAAAGCUGGGAGGCAAGAUCAAACCAGUAUCUUAGAUGCCUUUAUACAAAUGCAAGAAGUAUGGGUAAUAAGCAGGAAGAACUGGAAGUGCUAAUAAAUAAAUACAACUAUGACAUUAUUGGCAUUACUGAAACUUGGUGGGAUAAUACACACGACUGGAAUGUUGGUGUGGAUGGGUAUAGUUUGCUCAGGAAGGAUAGACAGGGGAAAAAGGGAGGAGGUGUUGCCUUAUAUAUUAAAAAUGUACACACUUGGACUGAGGUGGAGAUGGACAUAGGAGACGGAAGGGUGGAGAGUCUCUGGGUUAGGCUAAAAGGGGUAAAAAACACAGGUGAUGUCGUGCUGGGAGUCUACUACAGGCCACCUAAUCAGGCGGAAGAAGUGGAUGAGGCUUUUUUCAAACAACUAACAAAAUCAUCCAAAGCCCAAGAUUUGGUGGUGAUGGGGGACUUCAACUAUCCAGAUAUAUGUUGGGACAAUAACACCGCGGGGCACAGACUAUCCAAUAAGUUCCUGGACUGCAUUGCAGACAACUUUUUAUUUCAGAAAGUUGAAAAAGCUACUAGGGGGGAAGCUGUUCUAGACUUGAUUUUAACAAAUAGGGAAGAACUUGUUGAGAAUUUGAAAGUAGAAGGAAGCUUGGGUGAAAGUGAUCAGGAAAUCAUAGAAUUUGCAAUUCUAAGGAAGGGUAGAAGGGAGUACAGCAGAAUAGAGACAAUGGAUUUCAGAAAGGCGGAUUUUGGUAAGCUCAGAGAGCUGAUAGGCAAGGUCCCAUGGGAAUUAAGACUGAGGGGAAAAACAACUGAGGAAAGUUGGCAGUUUUUCAAAGGGACACUAUUAAGGGCCCAAAAGCAAGUUAUUCCGAUGGUUAGGAAAGAUAGAAAAUGUGGCAAAAGACCACCCUGGCUUAACCUUGAGAUCUUGCGUGACCUACAAAAUAAAAAGGCGUCAUAUAAAAAAUGGAAACUAGGUCAGAUCACGAAGGAUGAAUAUAGGCAAAUAACACAGGAAUGCAGAGGCAAGAUUAGAAAGGCAAAGGCACAAAAUGAACUCAAACUAGCUAUGGGAAUAAAGGGAAACAAGAAGACUUUUUAUCAAUACAUUAGAAGCAAGAGGAAGACUAAGGACAGGGUAGGCCCACUGCUCAAUGAGGAGGGGGAAACAGUAACGGGAGACUUGGAAAUGGCAGAGAUGCUUAAUGACUUCUUUGUUUCGGUCUUCACUGAGAAGUCUGAAGGAAUGUCUAGUAUAGUGAAUGCUUACGGGAAGAGGGUAGGUUUAGAAGAUAAAAUAAAAAAAGAGCAAGUAAAAAAAUCACUUAGAAAAGUUAGAUGCCUGCAAGUCACCAGGGCCUGA